AUGUUCAAGAGGUAAUAGAAUGUCUUCAAGCAUCCACCAAGGACCUCACAAAUGUUGAAUACUUGACUGUUUUAGUUCACUUUCUCUCAGCAUACGCACUAACUUCUCACAGUACAACAUAACUGUGUACAACAAUACUUUUACAGGCUAAAAGUAUCACUCGGCUGUAUACAGGAUUCCCUAGCUUCUGCAUAGCUACUGGAAAUUCCAUAUUUCACCUUAGUAGUUUGCUGAUGAUCACUGCACUCAUUUGGGACAGGAGUUGUUCCUGACCGCGUGACCUGAUCAUGAUCAAACUCCUGCCCCUAAGAACCAAAUCUAAUUUCAGUCUUCUCACUGAGGAUCACUACACUCACAGGGGAGAAUGUUAGGUACAGGAGUUGUUGGGUGGCCACGAUAGAGCGUGGUAAGCUGAGAGGUGAUUUAGAAUCCAGGCUCUGAGACAGACGGACCGUGUCCUCUCCUCUGCUUUGCUGUCUGUCUAUCUGGAGUCUGGACUCCCCCUGGAGAGACAGGGUUGCUGAGACAGCACCUCUAAAACAGGAGAGCCACUGGGCUGACGUGUGUGUCUCUGUCCUCUGGUCAAGGACGAGAGAUGAUCCUCCCUCACAGUGGGGGGACCAAGUACGUGUGUGGGAGGAGAUCAAGAGUGAGUGUGUGGGUGUGUGUAGGGUUGGAAAGUGUUUGUGUGAACAACAUGUGGUGUGUGUAUGUACGCAUACUUGUACUUACUACGUGCCAAUGUUCUGCUGAAUCUUCCUUGCUGAUGUCCAUCCUCUACCAAGUCUCCUCCUUCCUUCCACCACUAUCACUUUCCCCAACCAAACAUGUUGAGCAGCAUCUUCACAGAGAUAGAGUGAGAGAGAGCUAUUAUGGCAACAGCACAUAUGCCCCACAUUAAAGGAAAACUAAAAAAAACACCAAAAUAUAGUAAUAUAUUUAGUUAGGCAGGCAUUGAGGGGAUGGGAGAGUAUCCCUAUAGGGGUUCAGAUGGACCUAAUGAUCACAUCUAAUGAUGGCAUGUGUAAUGGACUAUCUCACUGGAGGCUUUAUGCCUGGGACAUCUGCACACAGUAUACACACACAAACACACACAGACAUGGUCAUAGACACACACACGUACGCUCAUACACACAAUACCUUAUUAAGCUAGUAAGAAUGUCAUGUCUUUUCUCUUAAUUGAAAGGGAAUGGGAACUAUUUUCCAUUUCUGUCCUCUAAAUGAUUGAAGUGUAUCCUCUAGGGGUUUGUAAUGUAGAGGACAGUAAUGUAGAAAUGUAAACAUAAUCUUUAUAAUUACACAUAUUGUACACACGUUAGAUGGACACGCGUGCAAACACACACACACACACACUCCUCCCCCGUAAACACACUCAAAGUAUCCCAUUACCAUGGUCUGCCAUCACUGGGGAGUCCAUCCCACACAUACUAGUGUGCAUGAUCCAUAUCACACUCGCACACAAACAUGCGCACGCACGCACGAACGCACACACACACACACACACAACAGGCAUUGAAUAAUCCAUAAAGAGGGCCAAUUUAGCUUCUCCUCUGCUCCUUCCCCUCUCUGCAGUAAUUACCUCAUCAAGUCUCAUUUUAACCCACUUCCUCCAAAACAAUAUCCUACAGUAAUCCCCCCCCCCACCACACCAACCGGGAGGCCCAUUAAUGUGGUCAAGGGUCAUCACUUCUGAUAUCCAACCUGAUUGGCCCAGCAUGACACCCCAUCCACUGAGAAAAUGAGUGUGAGGGAAGCAGAGGGGAAAGAAAAAAGGACUGAUAUCAGCAAAGAAAAAUAGGAUCUUUUUUUAUUUUUUUCAACUCUUCAGAUCACCCCCCUCCACCAACCCCUGGUAACACAUUAGUAAUGGAACUUGCAAAUGAGCCGAACCCUCAUCUGUCCAAUCCAGAUGUAUAGUAAUGACUGGAGGACCAGAAGAGAGAGCUGUUGAAUUAAACAUUCAACCAUUUCCACCGAAGUGGUUUAUUUUUCCUAAACGGCUUCUCCAUCUCCGUACUUUGGGAUGGGACGUUGAAAAAAAAAAAUAUCUGUCUGAGGCACUUCAUCAUUUGUGCUGUGUCUCAGGUGCUUUGGGGUCAAUGACACCAGGCUUGGUAAUGUAUUCCAUCUCUGUGGGGAAUGAGAUGCAUCUCCACCCAGCCCCCAGCCUCAGGGUCAGCCCACAGCUACACUCUGCAAUCUAUUAGACUGCCAGUUUCCACAUUCUUCAGGCUCUGCUGUGAAACUGAGUGGCCCGUGUUUGUUAGAAUCGAGCCAUAAUGGCCGCCACCUGCAGCAGCACGGCUCAGGCAAGGUUAUAAUAUCCUUAACGUGUUACCAGGGGUAAAUCCUCCCAUGUGAUGGAUACUGUCCCCCGCUGUUUCACUCUGUCUGUCUAUGUGUGAGUAUAGGGAAUUGGGAUGUGUGUUGGGCAGCCUACGAAGAGACAGAGAUUGAUUGCGUCUUCCUUUGCCGCUUCUCUCCUCUUUCCGCUUUCUUCUUUCUCUUCUUCUCUCUCUAUUUGUUUCCCUGCCCACCUAUCAAUCUUCACCCCCUUUCUCCUUCUCCUAACCCCCUUUUAUCUCCCACCUCUCUCUUCCCUCUUUCUCUUUUCUGCAUCCCCCCCGACGUUCUCUCCUCCUCCCUCCACCAGGUCGACAGUUGACCAUCUUCAACAGCCAGGCGUUCAUCAAGAUUGGCGGUGGUGGCGGAGACAAGGCCCGUCACUUCCAGGGCCAGAUCUCGGGACUCUAUUACAACGGGCUGCAGGUGCUCAAGCUGGCGGCGGAGAGCGACCCCAACGUGCAGGCCCAGGGCAACCUGCGGCUGGUGGGCGACGUGCCCUCUGUGCUCACCACGGACACCACCAGCACCACGCCGCUGGCCGACAUGUCCACCACCAUCAUGGAGACAACCACGACCAUGGCUACCACCACCACCCGCAAGCAGCGCUCGCCCACCAUGAGGGACAGUGUCACACAGGUUUGUAGGGGAGGACUGGGGUGGAGUGGGGGAAGGUGAGUGGAGGACUGGGGUGGAGUGGGGGGGGACUGGGUUGACACUGAUCUGUGGCCAGUUUGGGAUUUUCCCCUGCAAAUGGUGAUUAUACUCUGAUCCUAGAUCUGUGCUUAUAAGAGCAACUUCUUCCCGGAGUGAGUGGGAGUCAUGACUGUUUCAUAGUAGUUAUUCCUCUCUACAGAAUCAUACAAACUUUCUGUAGCUACGUACUCUCUGCUUGGCCAAAGAUUGACAUUCAGAACUUCAAAACGAACCCAAUAACAAGUCUAGCAUACCCCAUUAGAGCAAUCCAGACGGGGGUUUUGAUUCCUUCUAAAGCAAAAUCACAAAUCGAAGACUAGACACAUUGUUAGAGGCUAUAUGAAUCACACCCAUCCACACCAAUCACAUGUAGCCAGACAGUUGGGGCAUCGAAGGAAUAAAAGCAAAUAAAUUGCUUGCCUCAAUUACCUUGCCUCACCCUCUAAACAUGUUGUUAUCCUGUGUGCGUGUGUGUUUGAGUGAGCGCGUCCUGCCCGUGUGUCUAGUAUACACGUCCCCAUACAAAGGCUAAGUUUUCCUAGUACUAAUCUCGACAUGUUAUGAUCAGUCGAUCCACCACUCCUGGAAGUGGCAAUUGGGGAACAAUGGGAGAUAGAGCUAUUACGCCAACUAGACACACAGUCACACACAGUCCCCCUGUUGUCGAAAUGCUGCCCAGUCCCCACGCAGCCCAUAAUAAGCUUUAAUAACAGGCCACGUGUCCUCCAGGAGAGGGAAUCGUUUCCUCCAAUUUCACAGCCCGUACUAUCUAUUAAUUAGCCACGAGCCGCAUGCAUUGUAAUGUAAUAUAGCGCAGCUACAUUAGCAGUCUGCUGCAGCAGUGUGGUGGUAUAGCAUUAGAAUAGUAUUAGGCUCCAGGCGCCCAGAGAGAAAUGGGAGUUAAGUGAAGGACUAGCUGUUGGUUUUAGAGUUCAAAAGUUUUCUUCCAAACACUUUUGCUAUAUCGAUUGAGCUUGCCUGACACAACUGAACAAAUGGAAUAGUCCCAAAAGUGUGCAAUUCCAGGUAGGCUCAUCUGCAAUUCCAGGUAGGCUGAAUCACUCAGUCAAUGUGAAAACACAAGUAUUUGAAAGGAAACGUAUAACUAAACCAGGUCUGGAUGGUCGUUUUUUGUCUUUCUGUUUGUUUACUUUGUUCCAUGUUUCAAGUGUUAUAGAAUACCCAAUUAUGUAAGGUAAAAGCCAAUUUAUGCUUGCUCUGGCAAUACGAUCCGGAGGCUCCAUACAGAGGGUGUGACGCAAUUGCGGAGCUUCUGGAGGCUUGUGGAGGCCAAAUCGAGCUCUGUGCCGCAUCGCCGUGCACCUCCCAAAUUCUGUAACAAUGCAGAGGGCUCUGUAUAGUGCCGUAUAGCUCCGCAUUGACAUGAUUGGCUGACGGUAGGUGAGGGCGGGAGGUCCUGUAUAAACACAAACUCACUUCCUUGACAACUUCCUUCACAACAGCUCUGCUGUGGUCCACCAAGCACAAGAAGAAUGAAUGCUCUGACUUCUGCGGAGGCCGCAUCGCAGUAAAUGCUGUCGGAUUGACCAUGCAGAGCCUUUAAGGUUAGGUUAGGUAAAGCUCGGUUCUAACAAGCUGUGGCUGUUUCUACAAUUUCAACAAACUUGCGUGGUGUUGCAUGGAAAAGACGUUAAGCUAAAAGUACCAAUUAACAUUGGGUUUCUCUCAAACAGCUUGUUCAUUAUCACCCUCCUUGUCCUCAGACGCUUACCCGAGAUCAAUCACACAAACCUCUUGGCCUGACAGCCUUCCUUUGACAACCAUGACGAAGCGUUCUCUGCCUAAGAACAUUGCUCUCAUACCAGCUACCUACCUCCCCCUCUUUCUCCCAUCUCACUUGAAAGCGAAGGUCUCUCUCUCUCUCUCUCUCUCUCUCUCUCUCUCUCUCUCUCUCUCCUCAGCCAAUAACAACAGUGCUAACGAGAGAGAGAUGGAGGUAGAGAGAGAUGGAGACUGAGAGGUAUGCAAGAGUGUGAGAGACACAGGGAGGGUGUAGGGGUAGACUAGAGAGAGGUAGGCGUCUCAUGCUACUAGCUACCGCACUGCAAACACCAGUCAAGUCUUAUCUAAUUGAAUGUUCGCUUUUGGACAGCCGUUGUUUGUUUACCUUUUGAGACUUUUUCUUCCAUCAUCCUUUCCUCAUCGCGCUGCGUAGCCGGAGCCACAGUCCUUUGAUUUCAGCUUUACUCAAUUCAAUAAAUGGGCGGAAAAUGAGCUUAAUUAUCUCUAUAUGGCGUUAUCAAAGCAGUCCGGGACUGUCUGUGUACUUUUUCCAGAAGAGGAGUAGAGAUCAGACAUUGUUGACUGUACUAAGGUCAAUGCUGCUAGCUACUUCAUCCAUCCAAAGUCAUGUGUGUAUGAUGCAACGGGUUGUAUCGCUAGUACUGCGCCAUUAUCAAUACAGAAAGACUGUCCUUCCAAAGUUAAUGCACUGUAUGAUGCUGCAACUGGCUCUACUAUUAGGCAUGGAGUUUAGGGACCCCUGUAGAGUUCCAUUACACAUUGUGGGUGCAUCCCAAAUGGCACCCUUUUCCCUAUAUAGUGCACUACUUUUGACAAGAGCCCUAUCUGCCCUGGUCAAAAUAGUGCCCUAUAUGGGGAAUAUGGUGCCAUUUGGGACACAACCAAUGUUAUAUCUGAUUACCUCUUUGCUGUGUUUAUACUGCAGACAUGAUGGUCUGUGGUUUAGCAACUAUCUGUGCCUAGCUAGUAAACAGAAGAUCAAUGUAACCUAAGCUGGAUAUGUACUACUCAUAUUUUACGUGCCUGUGUGUGUGUGUGUGUGUGUGUGUGUGUCUACAAUGCAUAUACAGUAGCUUGAGAAAGUAUUCACCUUGGCAUUUUUCCUAUUUUGUUGCCUUACAACCUGUAAUUAAAAUUGAUUUUUUGGGGGUUUGUAUCAUUUGAUUUACACAACAUGCCAACCACUUUGAAGAUGCAAAAUAUUUUUUAUUUUGGAAUGUUGUGGAAAAUAAUCACUAUACUUCAAAAAAAUCAAAGUUAUUUCAGAGGUUUUGUAGAAUCAAGAAUGACUUUAUUACAAUUUCAACAAAGCCAGGCUAAUCUUCAGAUUACGCCUCUUUUCUCUCUCCCUUCCCUAGCUCUAUAGUCUCCUUCACCCCCACCCUAUCUUAAAAUCCCUCCCUCUUCAGCUUCCCGCUCUUUAUCGCUCCGCCCACUUCCUUUGUCUAUGAGGGCGACUAAAUUCGACUUUCAUUUAGUUCAGAAUCAAUAGCAAUCCAAUCAAUCAAUCCCUUAUCUUGCAAAAACACUCAUGUUUAGGUUAAACUCUGUUCAAUCCCGGCCGCUUUUUCCACUUUGUUUGAGGUGAGAGGCAAAAGGCCACAAUCUGGUUUCAGUCUCUCAUAAAGUAGGACAGCCAUGGAUUUAAGUAAGAGCAAGCAAUUCGACCCUAGGUCAGAUUCCCGCUUUACCCACCCACACACAGUGAAAUGACCCAAUUGAGUUCCUGGCCCAGCAACAAAGAAUUCUAACUCUAUGUUCAUGAUUACCCCAGUUUUAUCUCAAGCAGAAAACUUGAGCGUGCAUAACUAUUCACCCCCCCAAAGUCAAUACUUUGUAGAGCCACCUUUUGUAGCAAUUACAGUCUCUUGGGGUAUGUCUCUAUAAGCUUGGCACAUCUAGCCACUGGGAUUUUUGCCCAUUCUUCAAGGCAAAACUGCUCCAGCUCCUUCAAGUUGGAUGGGUUCUGCUGGUGUACAGCAAUAUUUAAGUCAUACCACAGAUUCUCAAUUGGAUUGAGGUCUAGGCUUUGACUAGGCCAUUCCAAGAUAUUUCAAUGUUUCCCCUUAAACCACUCAAGUGUUGCUUUAGCUGUAUGCUUAGGGUCAUUGUCCUUCUGGAAGGUGAACCUCUGUCCCAGUCUCAAAUCUCUGGAAGACUGAAACAGGUUUCCUUUAAGAAUUUCCCUGUAUUUAGCGCCAUCCAUCAUUCCUUCAAUUCUGACCAGUUUCCCAGUCCCUGCCGAUGAAAAAUAUCCCCACAGCGUGAUGCUGCCAUCACCAUGCUUCACUGUGUGGAUGGUGUUCUCGGGGUGAUGAGAGGUGUUGGGUUUGCGCCAGACAUAGCGUUUUCCUUGAUGGCCAAAAAGCUCAAUUUUAGUCUCAUCUGACCAGAGUACCUUCUUCCAUAUGUUUCGGGAGUCUCCCACAUGCCUUUUGGUAAACACCAAACGUGUUUGCUUAUUUUUUUCUUUAAGCAAUGGCUUUUUUUCUGGCCACUCCAAAUAAAAAUCCAUUUCCAUUACAGGUGGUAAUGGAAAAAAGCCAAGGGGGAUGAAUAAUUUUGCAAGGCACUGUAUAUGUCACUCAAUAUGUAUUCACAUCCACUGUGUUGAGUUCCAUAUCAAUGUCUUUCUACUGGCCUCUAGGCAGACUAGACAUCUGUGUGUAGAAGUGUGUAAUGACAAAACUCCUUAGCAGGUGUUGUUUUGUGUGCUGUGAAAUAGACAGCCAUCUUGAGAAAUGUCUGUAGGCGUCCUAGUGCCCAGAGGCACAUUCAGCUCUAGCAGAUAUCUGGUGUUUCUGUUUGUUUGGCGCUCCACCAUUGCGCUGUUUAUAAUUAACAAGCAUAAUGUUUAAUGCUUGACAUGAAUUUCACCAAGUCAUAACAUAAGCCCAGCGAGCUCGCCUUGGUCUCUCUCCCUGAUGAACACAGGCCCAGAUUGGGCUCCUCUGGUGGACAAGGAGAGAGGAGACAAGGAGAAGGAAAUUGAGGAAGGGGAGGAGAGUGUUGAGUAGCAGACGGAGGCAAACAGAGAGAGGGAGACAGAGGGGACAGAGAGAUGGAGGAAGAGAGGACAGGAAGAGACAGAACAUUAGUAUUGUUUUUGGGUCCGAAAGAAAAUAAGAGGAAGCAGAAAGACAAUGAGGACAAAGACGAAGGAAAAGCGAACAUGUCACCCCCCAAUCCCAUGUGACACAUUACAACCAUGGCUGAAACAGCUCCAUCCCUUUACAGCUGAAGAAGCCCAGAUCACACGGUACCAUUCAACAGCUAAGAUGGCCGCCCAUCAGAUCCUGUUGAUCUUCUCACUUCCAUUUCCUUGGCAACUGAUCUAAUGAGGCACUCCUAUUCCUCUCAACCCUGUUCACAUGGCCCAUUCAUUAGUCAUGCAAUGUUUACAUGGUGUUAGCUAGCUUUGCAUCCCAACACACACACACAGGAUACACACUCUGUCGUCUGUGCAGUUAAUAGGUCAUUUUAUGGAGUCUGUGGUGGUGUUUUGCGCUAGAGGAAACUUGAUAAUGUAUACUAUACAGCCUCAACCGGGGCCCAAGCUAACGUCUCAGCAUUGGUUUAACAAGCCUGUAGCCCCUCUACUACUCGACGUGACACCACCAUCACCAUCCAAACGGGACAGGGGAACGGGACACAGGCAAACAAACACGAAUGUACAUUUCUCCUCCAAGACGGAGCAAAAAAAAAGCUGUGAGCUACCUGUAGCGAGACACUUUGAUAAUGACAAAUAAUGCCUUGAUGGUUUAAAUAAGAACAUACUUUUUAAUGUGUUAGUUUUUACCCUGAUAGAAGACUAGAUGCUACAGAAUGGGGGAAGUCAUCACUUCUCCUGCGUUGACCCCAAUUUGGAGGCUGUGGUUUGGGGUAAACUAAGAUCAGUAGGAGCCCCUCCUAUGCACAGUCAGAGCAUGUGAUCUCGCACAGAUAGUCUGACUCUGGAGCAGUGCUUCCCAACUCAAACCUCACCUCGAGGACCCUGCUCCAGGUGAAGUUUCCCGUUGGUACUGAUCUAGGAUCAGCUUCCCCUCCUAUGAUCUUAACCUUAACCAUUACUGGUGGAAAUGCAAAACUGACACAAGAUCAGCGUCUAGCCAUUACAUUUGGUAUAUUCAGGUACUUGCACACCUGAUUCAACUAAUCAAGAGCUUGAUGAUUAGAUGACCAGUUGAAUGAUGUGUGCUGAUACUAGACUAGAUAAAAUAAGUAUAACUGGCAUGUGGUACUUGAGAAGAGAUUUGGGAAACACUGACCUGCAGGAGUGGAAAGUAUUGCAGCAAGACGUCAACAGUGCAGGUUGGGCAGGUUGCACAGAUGAAAGGAGUGAAUGUCUGCAUUCCUAACACCAGGGGGAGUAAUUGAGACAAUUAUUUGACAACAUACAGCUUCUAAUAGGACUCCCUCAAAAACAGUGGCAAGUGUUACUGAGUGGACUACCCUAGCUCGAUAAAGAAAUACAAUUAUAUUGUAGUGCCAUUGUCAAACAUGAGGAUAUAUUCACUUCAGAUAUUCAUUGAUAUCUAGGUGAAGUUUUAAAACUGUGUUUCUAAAAUGUAACGUAAAAAUGCCAAUACUUUUCGGCAUGGGUUCAAACCCCACCUUCAUAUCUGCAUUCCUCUACAUCUGUCUCCCCCUCUCAUUAAUGUCUUUCUAUAUCAAUAAAGAGAAAAUACUAAUAAAAUGUACUGUAUAUUAAAAUUCCACUACUUUGAAAUCACAAAAUGUCAGACAUGCAUUAUAGGCUACAUCAUUAGAUAUUUGUUAUCAAAAGGAGCGCUGGUCAUUUAGGAUGGAAAUGAAAUGGAAGAGUGUGUAGGGUGCAGAUUUUGCUAUGUUCUCAUUAAGCCCAUCUGAGAGGCCCAUGGGGACACAUACACACACACUCUAUCUUGCUCUCACACACACACCAACACGCACUGUAUUUGAUGAAUAAGUAAAUGCAUCCUGUCUGUGGAUACAUAAUGGAGAGGGGUACAACUGUGUACAGACAUUGAACAGAUCACUGUGCUCAAAUGAAUUGUGCUGCCCAUGAUAAAAGCCCUCAUCCCUCCCCCUAUAUUCCAUCAGGCUGAGCUCAUCUUGAAUAUUAACUUGAGUCUGGGGGUUGAGGAUAAUAGAUUAGACAAGGUGCUGCCUAGCAGCACAGGUGGUUGAGAGGGAGAGUACACGAGCAACAGAGUUCUGAAUGGGCUUUUUGUAUUGGGGCUAUUAGCCUAGCUUCCACUAGCUCGUUGUGGCUCUGGGCUUAAUGGACUUCAACAAUGGGUUUUUACUGGGUUGUAUUUUAUGUCGUGAUCUCAAAAUGGAGGGGUGUCAGCUCGGUUGCCAUUCUUCUGUUUCUGCGUGACGACGAUGACCGACUUGGCUAAAGCAGAAACAGAGUGAUGACUAGGUUAAAGUUAUGACAUUGCCUUGUUUACCUUGUUCUUUCGUGCAUGACUAGUUGCAUAAUGGGUAAGGUCCGAGGCUACCUGACCAGGUAAAACUCGGGGCCCUAGUUACACUAUAUCCUACAACCAGGGCCGAGUUGUUCCUGGACAGGUCCUAUGGUCAGGAAAAACGUAUCUCUGUCUGGGUAGUAGAACACACACUCACACCCUUCUAUCUGCCCCUUUCUCCAUCUCCAUCUCUGUUCCAGAACACGGAUGACCUGUUGGUAGCGUCUGCUGAGUGUCCCAGCGAUGAUGAGGACUUGGAGGAGUGCGAGCCUGGAAAUGGUGAGUCCACUCUGGGGGUUCUGUGUGCACUACAGGGGUCCACCAGCCCAGCAGAGACCCACAACAGAAACAGCUAGCUCCCCUUACCCACUUUGUUCUACUACUGUGACCCCAUGACCUCCCACAUGCAGCCCUGAUUGGGUCAGAUGUGUGCCCACCCUGGUUUCUCAUUGGCUAAGGUUCAAAGCGGCGCAGUGACAGUUCCUAAGUCUCCCGAGCCAUCUGCGGGGCAGCUUUGCAUCCUGAUUGGGUAGCAGCUGGUGCUAGGUCAGCUGUUGCAUCAAUCAGCCGCUCCGUUCUUAACGAUUCCAGACAGGUUCAACAUUGAACUCCUCUUGACCGUCUGCCUCACAGCGGCGGCUGAGCGGACCCGUAGCUGAGCGAUGUCGGUGUGAGCGGAAAGGUCAAAAUGAACUUCUGAGAGAGGAUGGAGAGGGCCUGUGAAAAGGGCAGGAUGUUGACUGUGGUUUCAGGACAUAGUGCACUGGCUGAUUGCCUGGGAACUGCCAAGAACUCUUACAUGAAUCAGAAUGCUAAGACUGCCAGACCUAAACUCCACUGGGCGUGUUUCUGUGUUUUCCAGAAGGCUCAAAUCAAACGCUUACGCUAAACAACCUAGGAGGUCUAAAAAUAACUCUAGGCUAGGAAUAACCUUUAUAAAACCAUCAGGAACAUUUUGUUAACUUUCAGUUUUUUACAUUCAUGUUUUCAUUUGAUGUGGAAUAGAAAUCAUCAUAGAUUCUAUUACGUUUUGACUAUUUUGAUUCAAUAAUGUUAAGGCAGCUUUAAAAAUCUACUGAAACGCUUAUUACACCUUAAGUGGGUGGAGAUUAUGGAGAAUCGCUGUGUUUAUAAGGUAAUACUGAUCUAAACUAAGCCAAAAUAUUCUACACUACAUCAAUUCUCUGUGUGGUUUCACUGUAGGUGGUGGAAGCCGAAAAAGAGGCUAAAUUGUCUUCUUAUCAGAAGCAGACUGACUGCUGCCCAAAACUAAUCUCUCUAGAGAGAAGAGCAAGACACUAGUCUGUCUCUGACACUCUGUUGGCAGAAAGUUUAUCCUCAGCCUGGCCAUCACCGUUGAGACACAACAACAAUCACACAGACAGGACAGCAUCAUCCCCGCUACCUACAAGACCGUGAAAGACACACAAACACAAGCGUGCACAUACACACCCACACACAAAAUCUCUCUCUCACUUUCUCUCACACCCCUCCUCCUGCUAGUCUCCAUUGUCCCAGACAGGUUAUGUAUUGUAAACCAGUGGCAGUCGGUGCCGUUUAAGAUGAGGGAGGCCGAUAAUGUAACAGUGAUAGGUUUAGGCUGCUACAUGAUACUCGAAUGUUCCCUAUAACUAUAUGAAUGAAAGUUGAUAAUGUAGGUGCACAGUUGGUACAUUUACAUUUUACAUUUUAGUCAUUUAGCAGACGCUCUUAUCCAGAGCGACUUACAGUUAGUGAAUACAUAUUUUUUAUACUGGCCCCCCGUGGGAAACGAACCCACAACCCUGGCGUUGCAAACGCCAUGCUCUAUCAACUGAGCUACAUCCCUGCCGGCCAUUCCCUCCCCUACCCUGGACGACGCUGGGCCAAUUGUGCACCGCCCUUGAGUCUCCCGGUCGCGGCCGGCUGCGACAGAGCCUGGAUUCGAACCAGGAUCUAGUGGCACAGUUAGCACUGCGAUGCAGUGUCUUAGACCACUGCGCCACUCAGGAGUAUGGUAAUCAAGGUAACAGACAGUGACACAUUCAAUACUGCUUUGCACUCUCUUGCCUGCAUCUAGCUGAUCUAGGCUGUAAUCUUUAGUCCAUCAGUUGCAAAUGAGAGUUUGUUGGACAAAUUCAAGUAUGUUUUUCCCCGUUUUGUUCCAUUUGCUUUCGUUUAAGAAGCGUUUUUCAACAGAAUCGGUGGAAUGAUUCAUAGCAGCCACAUACAAACAGCAUGAUCCCUUUGCUCAUUGUAACUCAUUGUAAAACCUUUCCAAGCCAAACCGUUAUAUCAUAACCGCUACACACAGCCUUCAUCGUUGUCAUCAUAUUAGCUAACGUCAUAGUCAACAUAGCUAAUAGAAUAAAUGCAUUAGUAAACCCAUUACAAUCAUGCAGAACAGUGUACAGUCAGCAAGCAGUUUAGCAGUUACACCAGCUGGCCCCAGUGGAAGUUCCAGUGUUGGAUAGCCAUAACCAGCUAGCUAACAUAGCAUCCCUCUUGAGCCGGGUGUUUGAGUAGACUAAACUAGCUAGCUGCAUUCGCUAGCUAAGUGAAAGUGAAAAAAAUACUAUGAAAUGUCUCGCUCUCCCUCUUUCUUGAUUCUCUGUCUUUUUUGAAGAAAUGUAUUUGUUCAAAACUUUUCAACUAUUGUCUUUCUCUCUCUUUGAGUCAACUACUCACCACGUUUUAUGCACUGCACUGCAGUGCUAGCUAGCUGUAGCUUUCCUACUUUCAUUCUCUGAUCCUUUGAUUGGGUGGACAUGUUAAGCUAUGGUUAAACCCAGCACUCAGAGAAACAAAACACAACUAAGGGAGUGGAAGAAAAAAAAAAUAUUUUAAUAAAAGUUCAAUUUGUCUUAGUCCAAAAACAACUGAAGAAAAGGAACAGAGUGGGCUAGUCAGCUCCGGAGGAAGGAGAGGCUGAGGCAAGCAGGCAGGCAGGCAGGCAGGCAGGCAGGCUGGAAGGCAGACAGGCAGGUUGGGAGGUAUGUCUGAACUGAAGACAAAACAAACGACAGGUUAAGGAGAGUAAAGAGCCAGGCUGAAGACAAAGACAAUUUACUCUACUGGUGAGCCAAGUUACCGCUCUAGUAAGAACAACGAUCUGGCGCCGGUGGAGAGCCAUGCCCAGGAAUUAGUAGUGCAGGUUGAUGAGAGAAUAGGAUGCAGCUGCGUAGGCAGGAAUCACUGGAAACAACCCGCAGCUGCACAGGAGAGGCAGAUCCUGAGCACGCCCCCCGAUCCACUCCAGACACACCCACAUAAUGGGGACAAACACACAUACAGAUACAACAGACAAAGAGGGGACAAAACAAGGAGGAAGGGAAACAGAAAAGGGAGAGACAAGCUGCCCACAUAACAGGACAACAUGUCAGUUCCUGCUGUAAGAGUUCAUGCUGCAACCUUCAUUGCAAAACAGUGUGUUUUAAUCAAUUAUUUGGUGACGUGAAUAUAUUUAGUAUAGUUUUAUCUAAAAACUAUGGAAAAUUUUAUGUUCCACUAUUUUCAUUUUUAUGAAAUUCACAGAGGAGGUCCUCCCCUUCCUCAUCUAAGGACCCUCCACUGCUGUAAAUCUUGAAGACAGCCACAGCCACUAGUCAUGAUCUGAUAUGAGCCAAUGAGACCUGCAGGAGACCUGGAAGAGACGGCCUUGAUUUGUCUCUGAAACAUGGGAUGGAGCACUAAUGAGAAUUGAUAUUGAUCAAUACGGUUAGCUCCCUACUGUAACAAGCAGCUGCUCCACUGUGGCAAGGCUAGUUCAUGUUAAAAAAUACUUAUAGGCUCCACGGCUAUAUUCAGUAGUAGUAAGGAUAGUAGAGUUGUAAUUGUAAAGGAGUGUUGGUGUUUCUGUUCAUUCACUACAGUCGAGAGCAUCUUGUUCUACCGGUUUUGUUUUAUUCCUCCCUUUAAAGGGUGUUUGUGUUUUUAACACUUCCGCAGAGGAAAGUGCGGAAAGCUCAAACAAUGUAACUCUGAUGGCUUUUCAGUGGAGUCUAAAGGGAGACAAGUCCAAAGAGAGAUACAGACACAGGCAGGCACAUACACAAACACACAGACACACACACUAAUACACAGACAAAGAUAAAGAAGGGGAGAGAACUAGAAUAGCGACAGAGAGGGUGAGGAGUGAGACGGAUCAUAAAAGAAAGAGGCGGCCGCAUCAGAGAGGUAGAGAGAGGGAGCGAAAUGCCCACAUCUUGGAGGGGUGAUUGGCGUUGAGAUGUGCGUCACGUCCCCUUACUCUCCAAAGAGAGAAGGAGCGGAGGAGAGAGAGGGGGAAAAGAGAGAGAGAGAGAAAUGUGGGAUCCCUCUGAUUAGUUUUCUAUCUGCCCUUCCUGCAUCUCCCACCGGGCUAAUUAAUCUUUGGCCUCGUUAGGCUUGCUGUAAUUACAUCAUCCAACAAGCCUGGAUUUGGUUUCGCUCACUUUUAAUGAGGCCCAGCCAGAAUAGGGAGAAUACAUAUCAGGGAUCCCUUUAACAAAACCCUGCUAUCUACACUGCAGCAUCAGCUUUGGAGGAGUCACACACAUAGACAGAGACAUAGGCACACACACACACAGACAGACACAGAUACAUCACAGCUAGCUUCAGUCUACUCUCUCUAGCCUGCUAACAAUCUUCCUCUGGCUGUUUUCAUUUUUAUUGUCCUCAAUGUCUUUUGUUUCUACAUUGUUGUUUUCCUUUGUUCUUGUCUUUUUUCUCUUUGAUUCUUUUUAUUGAUUGUUGGCACAACGGAUGGGUAGUUGUUUUGGUUGGGUUGGAAAGGGAUGGUGGCUUGGAGGGGGUGGAGAUGGAGAAGGGGUUGGGGAUGGGGAUGGGGAAUGGAGAGGGAGGUUUUUCGGGGGGGGACUGUGGGAGGGUCUUGGAUGGUUGAGGGGCAGCUCUCGGGGGGAACUGCGGGGGGGAUCUUGGAUGGUUGAGGACGGCGGGUGGCCUGGCAGUUGGGAGCAUUGGGCUGGUGGCCCAGAGGUCUCUGGUUUGGGUCCUCGAGUCGACUGGGUGGGGGAUCUGUCGAUGUGCCCUUGGGCGGGGCGCUUGACCCUGAUUGCUCCCGUGGGUCGCUCUGGAUGGGAGCGCCUGCUAGAUGACUGGAAUGUAAUGUAAAUGUUGAGUGGCUUCACUGCAGGUAGAGUGUACGUUUUAAUUUUAAAAAACAACAACAAAAAACAAUCUGCACCCCGCUCUUUCGUUCUCUCUCUCUCCCCCUCUCUCAUCCAUUAAUUUACCCUACAGUAACGUAUCAUGAGAGGAGCAGGUGACAGGGUUAUCACAGAGUGAGAUCAAAAGUUCAAUUCCCUGGCCAGAUCUGCUCUGAGAUAGCAAUACAUAAUUGAUCAUGUAUGUUCCCCUUUAAAGAACAGAUGGUGAGACCGAAAUAAUGUAAUGUGAUUUAAAAUCCAAACCCAGACCCUUUAACUUCUCAUAGACAGCACUGCAGCCCCCAUGUGGACAAACGGACCCAUUGAGCUCAAUGGGCAUCUGUAUGGUGAUGUUGAUAUAUUUCAUAUCACCGAUGUUGAUAUAUUUCAUAUCACCUUAGCUAGAUUAUAUACCCUCUUGACUCCAUAGCUGUAGCCAUUUUGGGUCAUACAGGGCAAUUAAAAAUGAUCACAUUGACUGUAGCAAUAUCUUCCUUUUCCUCUUGCGUAUAUAUUAUACAGUGUCUAGAUAAAGAUUUUCCCAGGAAGCCAACCUGUGCUGGUUAAUAAGUUGCAUAUAUUUCCAUAAGUCAACAGAGACUAGAGUUGAGGCAUUUUCUGUAUAUCAAUAUAGUAUAUUGGGUGUCUUAUGAGGUACUUCAAAUCCAAUACACUCACUUAGACAGAAUAUCAACCAGCUUUGGCUCCAAUCUCCUCAGGAAGAAAAAAAACACUGUAGCCAUAUCCUAUUAAAAAUAAAUUCAUGUUCAAGAAAUCACAUUAAAAAUGUAAUUACAAAAUAAUAAUAUUAAUGAACAAAAGAUGACGGGGUUCCAAAUAUCUCUCCAGCCACCAUACCGGGCCACGAUGUUAGCACAGUUAGAAUAACCGGAAUCGCCAUGGGACGUCUACCUACAACUGUGAACAAUUUCUAACAAAUUUAUCUUGCCAGAUUGUUUUUCUUCUUUUUUCGUUAAUGAGAUUGUGGAUUUUAGUAUGCCCUGCAAAUACUUCAUUUGGAUGAAACAUCUGUCCCUUGUUUUUUAUACUAACACAUUUUCUAGUCUUAAGUACCAUUGUGGAUUAAGAAAAGUAAUAAUAACAAACAAAAAACAUCUCAGUAAAUAUGUUAGAGAGAGAUGAGAACACUGACAGUAAAUGCACUAUAUAUACAAAAGUAUGUGGACAUCCUUUCAAAUUAGUGGAUUCGGCUAUUUCAGCCACACCCGUUGCUCACAGGUGUAUAAAAUCGAGCACACAGCCAUGCAAUCUCCAUAGACAAACAUUGGCAGUAGAAUGGCCUUACUAAAGAGCUCAGUUACUUUCAACGUGGCACCUUUCCAACAAGUCAGUUUGUCAAAUUUCUGCUAGGUCAACUGUAAGUGCUGUUAUUGUGAAGUGCAAACGUCUAGGAGCAACAACAGGGGGGGGCAACUCCAUAUUAAUGCCCAUGAUUUUGGAAUGAAAUGUUUGACGAGCAGGUGUCCACAUACUUUUGGUCAUGUAAUGUAUGUUAGAGAGAGAUGAGAAAACACUGACAGUAAAUAUGUUAGAGAGAGAUGAGAAAACACUGACAGUGAUGGAGAGGGAGAAGAAAAGAGGGAGAGAAACAGCAAGGCAAAGAAGAGAAAAAGAAUGAGAGGAAAAGAGGGAAGAGGGUAGAGGGUACAUUGAUAUUUCAUGCAUUGACUCAGCCCAGGAUCAAACAGUGCUCGUCGGGGCCUCUGCACCCUUUACUUUGCGUCAUGCUGAGAUAGAAACACUAGGCUGCCGACCAAGCCAACACCAGGGAGAGUUCAUAGAACCCAUCCAGAAGUGUUGUGUAGAAAAGCACUGUGGAAAGCAAUCCGUUACAAUCAACCAUACGUGGUGAACGUAUCUUCAUCGAUCAACGUCAGAAUACAUUACCCACCCUCAGGGCAUAGGACGGCAUGUGUGGACUGUUUAUUCAAUUAUGCACUGUCUAUGUUGAAAGGAAUGAAUGCUUUUCACUAUUGAACGCACACUAGGUUUUCAAGAUAUGUAACUUUCAAAAUACAGAAAUGUAGCCCCUAUGAUGCAUUUUGCAUCAUAUGAUGCAAAAUGCGCCAUACAGUCCAGAUUUCUGUAUUUUGAAAGUUACAUAUCUUGAAAACUUGAUUGUUGACAUGCAAAACAUUUUUGGGACUAUAUCAACAAUGGACUAAUGAAACAAAUACCAAAAGAUAGUUUUGGGGUGGAGUUUUCCUUUAACUAAAUCAAGAAUGUAGUCUUUAUGAAAUGGAUUAUUAUCCAGUAUAGUAGACCAUUGCGGAGAUGGAGAAUGAUUAGAGUAGUCAUUAAAGAGAGACUAGAACAUACUGUUCUCUAUGUACUCUAUUCUCUUCACAAUGUAAUCAAAGCUCAUUCUUUAUGCAGCAUAUAAACUCUGAACGGUCGUUCAACCGUUAAUAUUUCAAGUGGCUCAGGACGAGCCAACUUGAUCGGCAGAACAACUAAGUCCCAGUGUUUGUUUGGCAUCCAUCGUCGAUGCAUCAGUAUCCAUCUUUAACACUGAGAGAAAAAACAUACCCACUUUGAGUUUUGGUUUGAACAAGGUGAGUCAUCCUCUAACGCUCUUGACAGGUCAAAUCAUUUUACAAUGGAGAGAGUAAAGUGGAUUUUCAAUCUUCCAAACGAAGGGCACCGCAAUGGGUUCUCUAUGGGUUCUUGGCAGUUCUCAGUGUGAUGAUGACAGAAGCAUUUGAAACCUGUUUGAACGUGUCCAUUCACACCAGCUGAUUCACCAUACAGCCAAUGGUGUGGCCAACCUAUGGGUGUGAUCUGACCAAUCAGAAGCUGCAUAUGCAGUUUACGGGCACAGUCAUGGGAAGGGGAGGUAUACCAGUGUUGAUAGGUCUGUGUCCAGACAAAGACACACUCAGUGAAGAGACAAGCGAGACGAGUACAGCUAUAAAUGUAGAUGUCUGUGUGGGUCUGUGUUUGACGGUUGAGAACCCAUCAUCUUCUCCAUCCUUGGCACUGUGGUUAACAGUAACUUUUCCUAUCCAAGUAUGGCACCAAGGACAAAGCUUAUGGCACAAAGCUGAAUUAUGUGCCAAGAAGAGAGUGUUGGUAUCGUUUGCACUUUCGCAUUCAUAUAUGCUCAUUAGAACCAAAGGUCUGCAACAAAUUUGAGAAAAAUGUGAACAGUAAUAAAUUAAUCCACUUUUUAAGAAAGUAUUGGAUUCACCUAAUGAUCAUGACUACGUAGAAGCAGGUGCACAAAUCAUCUUUAGCAACUACUCUGACAAAGUGGCAUUUCUUCACAGAUAUAAUCACAUUGCGGCAACAACACCAAACAUUCACCUCUCACCCUCUUAUCAUUCUGUAGACAGGGCACACAUUGAACAGCUCCACCAGAUGCUGGACGGCUUCAUAACGGCUCUUGGUUUUCUGACAACACUCGCUCAGUGUCAGACACCUGCAACUGGGCCACGCAGUAGCGGAACACAGCGAGGGGUAGACUGCAUACAGAGAGGCAGGCGGACAGCGAGGUAUUCCGCUGGCACCGUUUCAGUCAUACAGACAGAUGGCAAGGUAAAGAUAGAUGCACCUCUAUCUUAUCCAGCGAGUCAGAAUAGAAGCUAAAUAUCUCUAGAGUCCAGAAGAGAGGAAAGUAGGAAACAUUGGAAACAUUGCUCAGAAUCUGACGAAUUUACAGAAUAUGUAUGACAAAUCAUCUAAUAUUCUAUAUUUCUAUCUUAUUUGGGCUAAUGGUUUAUUCAUUUCCUCUGUUUAUUUUUAUUUGUUCCUCAAAUGUGCCAACACUCUCUUCAAGGUGAAUCUCAACCCUCAGACACAGAGAUACUCACAUAAGUAUGCACCCUUAUGUUGCCAGGGUAACAUAGCCAUUUUGACUGUGCAAUAGGAGUUGUAUGAGUUGGGAAUGGGCUGGAUCCUAUAAGGUUGAAUACUGACUAACUUUUCUCUUUCUCAGCAUUCAUGUUUUUACUCCCUUUCAAGGCCUUGUUUUUGCUCUGUGUAUUAUUGUUGAUUAUCUUUUGAAAGGUUUUGUGUAAAAGUUGCACUAUAACCCUUAUGAAAGUCCCUUGCCCUACUUAUUGUGGGGUUGUCACAAAAAAUGGGGCUUGAGGGCUUGGAGGGGGCUUGAGCACUUGUGGGAUAUGUUGACCUGGGGAUGACAAAUACAGCCCAAAAUAUCCUCAAUACACGUUUCUAGAAUCCCCCACACCACACUCACUCGCUUUAUCCGAUCCCUAUUCCGUUUAGAUACACAAAUUUACCUCAUCAACUCAAAAAGGGUUAAGAAUAUGUAUGAUUCAUGUUAUGGACAUUUCUGUGAGUUACCUUAUCAUUGUCCAUAAAGAGAAAUGUCAUAAUCUUUUAAACUGCCCCUAACAUUUUUGCUAAUUGUUUCUGUGAUUGUGACCCUAAUGAGAUUAUGGGAUGCGGCAGAGGGUAGCAAAUUGUUUUUUGAAGAGGGAAUGUAACUUGUCAUUGAUAUUGUGCUAUGUACUGCUAACAUUUUCCUAUUAUGUUUAACAUCUCCAAUUGGUACUCCUAUGUUUGUCUCAAUGAUUUUGUCCUACCUACCUUUAAAGCAAUGUACUGACUUGUAACACCCAACAUGUUUUAUUAACUGUGGGAGUGAUUAUACUACAAAGGACAAAAAAGUAGUUCACAAAAUAAUUCAAUCCCCUCUAAGACUGAAUAUAAAGGCAUAGAGAUCAGGCAUAAAGAUCUGAGAAAUUGUUAUUAACUGUGUCGGGUGAUAAUUGGUAGAAGGGAAUAGGAUUUUUUAUGUUCCUUGUUUUAGCAUAUCUAGUGGGAGGGAGGUGGGUGUUAGGACCGCAUCUGUAGACUGUGUUUCUGGGUAGAAACUAGGGGCAUCAGUUUCCCCCAGCUGGUCUUCAGGGUUUGAAUACAGAUUACAGCUAAUUAGAACUGAGCCAUAGAAAUCACCAUGCCCCCAGGCAGAAUAGGAUUUGAGCCAUUCUUUAUGAAAGCACAAUGAAUUAUUUAGAGAAUUAUUAGAUUUUUCACACACACAAAAAUAAAAAGAAUAUGGGGGGGUGGGGGGGAGUUGUUUAUCACUAUCCAAGAACAAUCUUACACAGCUUUCUUUUUGUAAUUUUUUUUUUCAUGCAAAAAUCAUGCGGCCAAUUUGUUGAUGUAAGUGACCUGAACUCCGUGGUUUGCUAUCUUAUUUAACCCAAAGAAAACUUAAGAGUUAGCGUAGAAAUAGAACAGCAUAGACAGGCAGACAGCAAAAGAUAGCUUGUAUCUAGUAGAUGUUGAUCUGUUGUUUAGUCUUUUAAACAUGUUGUCCAAGGACAACAGUAACAUAUAUGUAUAGUCAUGUUCAGUCUAGAGCAAGGGAGAUGUAAGGAUAGUCAGAAAAUGUAUUAUUAUCUUUAUACUAUGUAUUGUACAUCUGUUUAGUCAUCGUAACUCGUUAAAUAGAAGACUAGAGACUAACUCAACUUUAGAACUGACCUCAUGUCAGGUUUUAGUGCUGUUCUAAUAAUGGUGUUGCUGUUUUCAUUUGAACUUUUGUUUUUUUUCUUUUUUGGUCUGGAGAGGACGCUCUGUUUUUCCCUAACGCUCUUUUCCCUCCGUUGUCUCUUUCUUGUCCUAGGAGGUGAAUUAGUGUUGCCCAUAAUAACGGUGGACUCCCUAGACCCCCCAUCCAUCGCCACCCGCUACCCCGUAAUCCCCCCGCCCCCCACCUACCGCCCCCUCUUCCCCUUCCUCGAAACAACCAAAGAGUCCCUCCCCCUGCCCAACGGUCGCCCCCCCUGCCCACUGGAUCAGGAGGACUGCGAGGAGGCGGGGCCCAUCGAGGUGUCCGCCUACGGCUCGGGCGAGAUGACCGAGUCAGACGACGAGGACUAUUACAAAAACUCCCCCCUCGUCACCGACAGGACGGUCCUCCCCCCUCCCCCCAAUGAGGGCGGCGUCCAUAACCCCCGCGACCGUCACUUCUCCCACCGGCCCCCCAACUCCCACCACCCCCCCCUGUCCUCCACCCCCACAGCCAACCCCAACCAGCUAGGCCCCAGGCUCAACAAGCCUGGCAGCAGCAGCAAAAACCCUGCCGGCAAGAUGAACACCCGGGACCAGGUGCUGCUGCCGCCCGCCCACCCCUCCUCCGACCCUGACCGCCACCGCCACGUCCCAGGCAUAACCUACCCUCCCAAUUUCCCCCAUGUGCCCAUCCCAGACCCCACGUCCCCAGAGAGAGGAGGGCCUCCCGGCGCAGUAGAGGUAAUCAGGGAGUCCAGCAGCACCACGGGCAUGGUGGUGGGCAUCGUGGCGGCCGCUGCCCUCUGCAUCCUCAUCCUGCUCUACGCCAUGUACAAGUACCGUAACCGGGACGAGGGCUCCUACCAGGUGGACCAGAGCCGAAACUACAUCAGUAACUCGGCCACGCAGAGCAACGGCACCCUGGUGAAGGAGAAGCAGCCGGGCACAGCCAAGACAACCACCAAGAACAAGAAGAACAAAGACAAGGAGUACUACGUCUGA